AUGUCCUCCACCGUGAACAACGGGGCAGCCAGUGUGCCAUCCCCGCCUGAUGCUGCUAACGGCUUCCCGCAGCCUGGCGCCUCCUCGGGGGCCUGGCCGCGUGCCGAGGACGAGCUGCGCGCAUCAGAGCCAGGCCUAGCCAAGCGCGCGCACCGGGAGAUCCUGGACCAUGAGCGCAAGCGGCGCGUGGAGCUCAAGUGCAUGGAGCUGCAGGAGAUGAUGGAGGAGCAGGGGUACUCGGAGGAGGAGAUCCGGCAGAAAGUUGGGACAUUCCGGCAGAUGCUGAUGGAGAAGGAGGGAGUGCUCACCAGGGAGGACCGGCCUGGGGGCCACAUCGUAGCGGAGACCCCGCGGCUGACCGAAGGCGCCGAGCCGGGCCUCGAGGACGCGCCCUUCGACGAGGACGACGGCCCGGUGGACUGCGACUGCCCGGCCGCCUGCUACCGCGGGCACCGGGGGUACAGGACCAAGCACUGGUCCAGCAGUUCGGCGUCGCCCCCUCCCAAGAAGAAGAAGAAAAAGAAAGGCGGCCACCGGAGAAGCCGCAAAAAGAGGAGACUAGAGUCAGAGUGCAGCUGUGGGAGCGCCUCGCCCCUGCGCAAGAAGAAGAAGGGUGUGAAGAAGCACCGCAGAGACAGGUCUGAUUCUGGGUCCCGAAGGAAGAGACGGCACAGAUCUCGAAGCCCCAAGAGCAAAAGAAAAGAGAAGAACAAAGAGAGGAAGAGGCCCCACACAGAGUCCCCAGGCCGGAGGUCCCCUCGCCACAGCAGCGGCAGCUCCCACAGCCCCUCACUCUCCUCCCACUACAGUGAUUCGGGAUCACCCAGCAGGCUGAGCCCCAAGCACCGAGACGACGGGCGGAAGACAGGCAGCCAGCGGUCCAGCGAGAGCCGGUCGCCUUCCCCGUCGGGCGGCAGCGGAUGGGGGUCGCCCCAGCAGAACGGCGGCGGCAGGCAGCGGAGCGGAGUGCACGGGGGCCGCCCGGGCUCGGCGCACAGCCCGCCCGAUAAGCCCAGCUCGCCCUCGCCCAGGGCCCGCGACAAGGCGGCGGCCGCGGCACCCACGCCGCCCGCGCGGGGGAAGGAGAGCCCGAGCCCGCGCUCGGUGCCGUCGUCGCAGGGUCGCGGAGGCCGCGCGGCGGGCGGGACUGCCAGGCGGCGGCGGCGGCGGCGGCGGAGGCGGCGGCGGCGGCGGCGCUCGCGGUCCUCGGCGUCCGCGCCCCGCCGCAGGGGCCGCCGGCGCGCCCGGCCCGCGCUCCCCCGGGGCUCGUCGCGCUCUCUCAGCAGGGCCCGCUCCAGCAGCGACUCGGGCGGCGGCGGCGGCAGCGGCGGCGCCCCCGGCCCCGGGCCCGAGCCGGGCUCCGAGCGAGGCCACGGCGGACACGGGAAACGGGCGAAGGAGCGGCCCCCGCGCGCCCGGCCCCCCAGCCCCUCGCCGUCCCCGGGCCCGCACGGCAGGCGGGGCGGCCCGGAGGGGAAGAGCUCGUCGCGCAGCCCGGGCCCCCACCCCCGGUCGUGGAGCUCCAGCCGCUCGCCCUCCCAGUCCCGCUCGCGCUCCCCGGAGAAGAGGGCCCGCAGCCCCAGCCGCUCGCCGUCGCCCAAGAAAACCCUCGGCCGGGACAAGGACGGCGAGGGCCGCGCGAGGCACGCCGAGGCCGAGGCCGCCCGCGCGCGGCGCCGCUCCCGCAGCUACUCGCCCAUCCGCAAGCGGCGCCGGGACUCGCCCAGCUUCAUGGAGCCUCGGCGCAUCACCAGGUCCAGCCUGCUGAGUGGCCUGUGGCCAGCCUGGGGGCCAGGUGGACCCCUCCCCACAGGCUGCCAGGGAGAUGCCCAUUGCGCGCAAGCGUCCUGUCCCCUACUACCGGCCCAGCCCCUCCUCUUCCUCCAGCUGCUUGAGCAGCGACUACUCAAGCCGGAGCCCCAGCCGCAGCCCCAGCCACAGCCACAGCCACAGCCACGGAAGCUACAGCAGUCGCAGUCAUGGGACCCACAGCCACACGCGCAGCCCCUCCCGGACCCCCAGUCCCAGCUACCACAGCCGGAGCAGCUCUGAGAGUGGGGGCUUCUGAGCCCAGACAGAUUCAGCUUGGUGCCCCCUGGCACAGGGAGAGGCCAGGCCCCAGGACCACAGGAGUGGGGGUGGGGAGACAGUACCCCCCCUCACUGCUACAAAGAGGUCUCAGGGCCAACACAGGGCAGUUGGGACCAGGGAAGACCUUGAGGGUUGGCUCCGUGUAGACAAGGAAGGGCUGGAUUGUGCUGCUUCUCAAGGGUGCCCGUCCUCCCCUCCUGCCCACCAGCCAUGUCCAGGGAACAAAGAGCCGUUACGAACACAGAGAUCGCCCUUCCUUCCUUCCUGCUCGAUGCCAGCUCACCAGGCUGGGGACCACUACCAGUGAACGACACAAGAGUCCACAGUCUGCUGUGUCACUUCACCUCAGCUCGGUGUACCCAGGGACACCUCAGAAGGUGCCAGUUCUGGGAGCCUCCCCUCCCCUCUCCACAGGAUCCUCCACUUCUCUCUGUCACUGGACGGACUAGGAGGUGGUAUAGCCAGUGGGUUCUAAGCUAGACAGAAGGAGGAAUGGCCUAAACUUGGUACACCUCCGUCCAGGCUGGGGAGCUGCUUCCUUCUGAGUUGGCUGCGGGAGGAUCCUGGCUGAGGGCUGGUGGCUGGCCCCACAGCCUCCCCAAACCCCUCCCCUGGCCCGGGAGUGCCUAGACUGAGUGGCCCCCAGUGCCCCUGCCUGAGCUCACUCUGGGUCCCACUUCUCCAGGCCAGGCCGUGGACCAAGGCCAUACCACUAGGCCUUCAGCAUGAUAAGAGGUGGGGGAUACAAACCUGCAUCUGACCCUGUGGUCAAAGGGGUUCAAAUCAGGAGGUGGAAGAGGUAGAUGGAGGAGGAGCCUGUGAGAAUGGGAGAAAACAAGGCAGUCUGACUAUGGAGCAGGUCCGGGGAGCCGGGAAGGGAGGGAGACAGUUCAGCAGUACCCCAGCCCAACUGGAGAGAAGGCAGCGAGUGCCUGGGAUAUGGGACAUGGGCCAGAUGGCAGCACAGGAUCACAGGCAUAGAAUAGUGCAUGCCUCAGGGCCUGCCCAAGGGAGCACCUCCUCCUUGGGGUUUGAUGGGGACAUGGUCAGCUGAAGUUCCCCAGAGAAAGGGUGAUACAGCCCUUUGAAGAGAGGGGAGAAUCUAGGCUGAGGGCCUUGGCCUGGGGCAUCAGUAAGGAAGCAGUGGCCCCCAGUCCUCUUCUGCUGCUCCCAGCCCCCUCCUCCUGGGGCCCUCAGGGAUCUCACAAAGUCUUCCUUGGCCCAACAGGGCAGAUGCCCUGGGCUCUGGUGAGGGGAGGGGUCUGGGGUCUGGUCCGGGUUCACCCCCUCUCUAAUUCCUCCUCCCUCUUUCUCCGCGGUGCGGAUAAAAAUUGGACUCUAAUAAAACACUUGGUGCCCGGAUGGCA